AUGACAAAUACAAAUAUUCAAGACAUCCAGACGAGAUGGGUAGGACUAGUUCCCCAAUGCAUGCUAGCUCUUAAAGCUUAUCCAGACUUUGAUUGGACCACGGCCUUCCAUCUUUUUAGUCAGGACACCACUAAUUACAGAACUGCACUUACAGUUGUUAAUGGAAAUGUAUAUUACGGAUUCAUCAAAGACUUAGGUGCUGCUAGAAGCACCAAAUUCGCUAACUUGGCUUAUGUAGCUAAGGAGCUCCUCAUACAAGUAGGAGGGGAAGUGUCUUUAAGAACUUACCAAGGAUGGAAAGGUCGUGUUCCAGAACAAGGAACAAUUGAUCUUAUCAUUGGAGCAUACAUAACUAAUAGAACUGAAAGAUUGGCAGGAGCUAGAGAUCCAGAUGCUGCAACAUUAGAUCCUCAUGAACAUCAAGAAUUUAUAGUUGAUGCUGUUCAAGAUGAUAGCUUUAUUGCACCCCCCGAUUUUUCAGCAGCGAAUUUUCUGGCAUACAUCGAGGAUGGCUGCCCUGUGUGUCAUGAUGUGAAACCCUUAAUAGACUCGCUGUGGAACUCUGGAUGCACUCAUCGUUUAUGUGUGGAAUGUGCAGAAAUGAACAACAGCAUCCUUCAGCAGUGCCCGACAUGUCGCUGUGCCGAGUCGGCAGUUUUUUAUUGCUUCGUACCGGCUCCGGGAGGGCAUAAAAUCGACGUCCAUUUAGUUAGAUCGCCGCGCCGCGCGAGUAACGCCGAAUAG